UACACGUGUGUGACCCAGAAACUUUGGUGUUUUGAGUCAUGAUGGUGUGUAAACUAGUUUAGAGGGAAGCCAUGUUGGCUGCGAUGUUUCUUUCUGGGUUUUCUGGCUUAUAGGGCCCAAUGUGCUUCCAUGUUGACCAACAAACAUGAUUUGGAUUUACGGCCAGGAAACUCUGAAGUUUGUGAGAUUCUGACUUUGCAGUGUAAUUUACAUGUACCAGGAUUUUGAGUAGCAGUCAGCUGUCUUACAAGUCAGCAUUUUGGCAUCUGGAAGCUGGCAUUGUUGAUCUGCCUACAAGGACCUGAGUGCCGUGAGACUGUGUUUUGCCUGCUUCUGUCCCCGGGACUCUGGUGUACCCCUAAAGUUUGGUAGGAUUGGCGACCCCUCCUAGGGGCCUGCUUCUAGAGAAACUUACCCAACUCUUACACAUAUCACCUACCAAAAUGAUUCUUGGAAGUGAAAAUCCAAACCUGCACCACGUUUCAUUAAUUCAAAUUUCACCACCAGGAUCCCCAUUGUUGAAGCGAGCUCGGAAAGAGUCGGAGAAGCGUGAAGACACUCCGGAGAGAAAUCUAGUGGACCAAGGGAUUAUAGAGCUACAGCCUCUCUCUGUGGAUUCCGGAGCACACUUAGACAGCAGCCAUAGCUCACCGUUAAGUUCUACCCCGGGAUUAGAGAGUUCCACCCUCUCAACCAAUGGCACCACAGACGGUGUCCUCACAGCCACACUCAGCUCGCCUGGAGGUGGCGCUGUCUUCACCAGUACCGACAGUUGGGUGAUCACAGCCGUCGCAUCGCCAGUGGAGCAACCGUCCUCGCCUAGUGCGUCCAGUCCAGGACUAUCGUCUGGGUCAAACCUGGACUCGGUCCAAGGUGAAAUUACUAGUAAAGUCGUCGCAGCAGAUUUGGAUACAGAUAACCUUGCCAACUUCAUAAAUAGUGCUACAACAGAGGCUACGUUUACACGAGCUGUAUCUACACCAGAGGGCGCUAUCUCCACCACCACAUCAACCAUGAACACAGCGUAUAACUACCCAAAUGCACCUAGUGCUUUCAGUCUUCAGAGUUCACCUCUGUACAACACGCAGGCUGGUCAGACUCCGUAUAGCGUGAUGACCAACUAUCCAGUCGCUGAUAUUGGUAAAAUAAAAUCUCCCGGUAGUCAAGUUGUUAGUCCCAGUUACUUAAAUAGCUACAGCUCAAGUUUUCCUCAAUCACCACAAGGUUCAUAUGUUUACCCAGCACAAGUGCCAUUUACAACUACACCGGGCAGUAUGUCAUCAACGUGUAACUCACAGUCCAUUGAAGGGUUUAACUACGGCAGUUACCAUGUCCCUGGAGCAGCUAAUCCCUACUACUAUCCAAACCCGUCCCUGCUAAAUAGCACCCCCUCCACGACAGGUGGCACCACCAUGACUUAUCAAUUGGUCAGUCCACCGGAUGUCCAGCCAAUCAAAACAGAAGAUGGCCAAUAUGCGCAGAUAACCAGUCCCUCCCCGCCAGCUCGCGAGAAUGGAAUAGCCAGUUCUGCUGUAGGAUCAAGAAAUAGUAAGCCCCGGUCGGGACGAAAACUGAACCCUUCACCAGGUCCGGAGUCGGACCUAGAACGUGUAUUCGUGUGGGAUUUAGAUGAAACCAUUAUCAUCUUUCAUUCACUGUUAACGGGAUCCUAUGCCCAAAGAUACGGAAAGGACCCGCCUUCAUCAGUGUCACUUGGACUUCGUAUGGAGGAGAUGAUUUUUAACUUAGCAGAUACACAUUUAUUUUUCAAUGAUUUAGAGGAGUGUGACCAAGUCCAUAUAGACGAUGUUUCUUCUGACGACAACGGCCAGGACCUUAGUACAUACAACUUCGCAACAGAUGGCUUCCGGGCCGCCGCAACCAACGCCAAUUUGUGCCUGGCGACGGGCGUUAGGGGUGGAGUUGAUUGGAUGAGGAAACUUGCAUUUAGAUAUCGGCGACUGAAGGAGAUCUAUAGUAGCUACCAGAAUAACGUUGGAGGUCUGAUUGGUCCACAGAAACGAGAACAGUGGUUACAACUUCGCCAGGAAAUCGAAGCAAUGACGGACAACUGGCUUACGUUGGCGCUCAAAUCACUACAGAUCAUCAAUUCACGGUCAAACUGUGUGAAUGUGUUAGUGACGACUACCCAGUUAGUCCCGGCCAUGGCUAAGGUACUCCUGUACGGACUUGGGGGUGUGUUCUCUAUAGAAAACAUAUACAGCGCAACAAAGAUAGGAAAAGAUAGCUGUUUUGACAGAAUAGUAGCCCGAUUUGGUAGGAAAUGUACAUAUGUUGUUGUUGGCGAUGGUCGAGAUGAAGAGCAGGCAGCUAAGCAGAUGAAUUUCCCAUUCUGGCGAGUAAGUAAUCAUUCCGACAUAGCAGCCCUUAACCAUGCGCUGGAACUUAACUACCUCUAACCAAGGAUUGUAAUCUAACCCAGCAUUAGCCCAACCCUGUCGUCAUCACACAUUGUGUACGGACAGCUGGACAGACUCUGUUAAACACUGAAGGAUAGGCAGUUUGUGUACAGACGAAUGGACAGACAUGUUGAAACAUGAAGGCAAGCAGUUUGUGUACAGACGAAUCGAUGGACAUGUUGAAACAUGAAAGGCAGGAAGUUUGUGUACAGACGAAUGGACAGACAUGUUAAAACAUGAAGGCAGGAAGUUUGUGUACAGACGAAUGGACAUACAUGUUAAAACAUGGAAAGGCAAGCAGUUCGUGUACAGACGAAUAAAUGAACAUGUUGAAACAUGAAAGGAAGGCAGUUCAGUAAACAAGAAAAGGAAUGUUAAUUUUAUCAGACAAAUUUACACAUUCUUACCUGCUUUUAUUAAACACUAAGAGGCCGGGAUGUUUAUGUGUUAAAGCCUGGUGUUUCUCAUGUUAUCGGAGUCUGUGAAGCCCUUGGACCAUUGGUUAAUGUCGCCUUGUAUUCCAAUACUUAUAAUGGAUGAUGCGGAAAGUCCCUGGCACCGUUGACUGGACAUAGCGACAUUUACUUUGCUAUGAAUACUCAGGAUACAGCUCUGUAAUGAUAUGGUGUUUGAACGGGACGAUUGUAUUGGAUAUUACAUGAUGCCAUUUUAGGAUUUGCUGCAUUUAACCCCUGUUAAUAUUACUGUUGCAUGCUGGGACAUGUUGACAGUUCAGUGUGUUCAUUCGGUGAAGAAGUGAUAGAGGAGAGACUGUUUUCAUACAGCCUUCGCUGUCAUAUAUUGUGUUUGUUAACAAAAAGUCCGGAAUAUUGAGAUAGACCGAGAUAUAACCGUUAGCAAUGUAUUAAACUUUUGGGAAAAGGAUGCGAUCCAAAACCACAGAAACUAUUUUACUACUGUUGUGCGGAUUUCCAUCAUAUUCGCCUUGUAAUGUGCCAGAUCAGGGCCUCAACCACCCUAUAUAUAGAAUACACCUUACGAUAUUGGAGGUUUCCACGGUUAUCUGGUAUGACACUGCAAAUGAUACAUUCGCUCAACAAGAGAUUCCAGGUCCAACCACUAAUAUGACUUAUCCAACAUUUGUCCCGGCCUAUUGGAGGCAGAGGCCUGUCUGAUCCUUCCCUUCAUCCCUAACCAUGACUUAAAGCGUGACGACGUAGUAUGUGAUCAUGAUUGUUUUAUAUAUAAAGAUAUUAACGGCUGGUGACAUUUUUUUAAAGGACAUAACCAGCUCACGUAUAUAUAUUUAGUGUUGUGUCCCGAGGUUGUACUUACCAGUUGGUGCUUUACAUCUUGUACAUCAUCUUCUGGUCAUCAGGGUGAUCUCCCCUUGUCAUUGUCGCGACAUCCACUUCUGGCCGUCGGAGAGAUUUCUUUUUGUCAUUGCCACACGACAUCAGGGUGAUCUCCCCUUGUCAUCGCUGUGACAGCUCUCUUCUGGCCAUCGGAGAUAAUUCUUUUUGUCAUUACCAUGACAUCAGAGUGACCUGCCCUUGUCAUCGCCAUGACGUCAUCCUCUGAUAGUGGUAGAUUCAUUAUGCCCUGAUCAUGGAUAGAACUUAAUGUUACUAUCCCUUGAUUGUGUAUGUUAAUUUACAGAGACCAUUUGUAAUGACUUCAUGUACCCAACAAAACAACCAUAUCGUGGCUGUUACGGUAAUCGUUCAUAUGUGCCUCUUGUUUGGGAAGUGUCUGAUUCUUUUUAUGUUCAGAAGUCAUUAUUUCUGAAGAAUAUGUGAAAAGUGAUGAUGUAUUUUAUGUACUGAAGUUUAUGUUUUAAAUGGCUGUGACAUGCCGCAAUAGUUCACACCUAGAACACAAAACUUUCAAACCUACCCCCAAAUUCAUAUUUCUAGGGAGGGCUGCCGUUUUUAACCCAUAAGAAAAUGUUUUGUUUUCAUAUAUAUAUAAUGAAAUAUAUUAAUGUUUUUAUCAUGAAAUAUUCAUUAAUCAUUAAAGGUGCAUGUACCAAUGUUAAGUCAUAGUCAAAUAAACUAAAAUAACUCCAUACAUAUAAUGAUUGGCAAAUUUUUUUUUUGGGGGGGGGGGGGGACUGAACAAAACAACAACAGAUUCAUCAACUAAGUAAUGUUAUUAAUGUGAAUUUUGAAUUUUUUAAGUGGUUUCUUUGUCUUUAUGAAAUAGUAUUAAUAGUACAUUGAGAGAAAUGCAAAAUGCUUCAUUUGGAGGGAGAAAUCGGGCAGCCCUUUCAAUAUAAAAUUCUGUAAACCAACUUAUUUUCGCGGGGACCUAAUUUUGCAUUUCCAUGUCUAACGACCUUUUAGUGGUGACUUGAUUUCGCUAUUUACUGUCAUAAAAGGCCUGAUUGAAAUUUUAUUGAGGUGAUUAAUUUUUCUGGAUUUUAGUCGCCCACAAAAUAUGCAAAAAUAAGUUGGAUUACAGUAGAUCUUUCCAGAUCUCCACAACUCUUGUUAGUAUUUCAAAAAUAUCAUGGCCCUUCCAAGAAUGUUCUUUACUUCUAUGCUUAAAAUUUUCUAUCCCUGUUAAUUUUUUUAAAGCUUUAAUGAAAAUUUUAUUCAUUAGAACAUUUUUAUUGUAUACUCUUUUAACAUAUAAAUAUUUAAAUCUUUUUUACUCCAAGCAUUGGUUUGGUACCAAAGAAUUUAAGCAGAAUUAAAGCAUUUUUUUUUUACAUGAUGAAAUGGCAGAUUCAUUUAUGAAUGGCCAAGAUUUUUGUAUAUGAUACAUAAACUAUUGGUUAUUUUACAAAGUCUUAAGACAGGAAGUUUGACAAUUGCAUCAACUGCAUGAAUUGAUAAUAUAAUGAAUUUCCUGAGAUAAACGGCAUAUAUAUUUUUUUGGCUUAUGACUUUGUGUAUGAAUGACUUCAAGGUAUGUAUAUAUAUUUAGCAAAUACAUUAAAAGAAGUUUCAUUUAUUUUGAAAUUUUGAAAAAAGUAUAUUUGAAUGAGAAAAGAGUUAUGUUGAAUCAGUAUCACUUCAACUCUUGAAAUAAAGGUAGCUUCCUCAAAACAGCUUUAAUUGAUAUUCAUAAUGGAAAUUUUCUCAUCAAUAUCUACCUUAUGAUAAAUUUUGAUUCCAAUAAAUGUCAAAGUUACACUUCUCAUUGGCUUUAAUGAAAUUUUGGUAUUUUCUGAUAUUUCAAGAUUUCAAUGUAGAAAUAUAUAAUCAAGCAAAAAUUGUACCUGGGAAAAGGUUUUGUUAUUUUACGAAUUCUGAAUGUCAGUAUUGAAUGCAGAAGACAAUCAAAAGCCAAGCUUUACGGGGAUGGGGACAAUUUUCUAUAUGUCGCGUCAAAAUUUGUUUAACACAUUUUUACCAAAGGAACUUGCAUUUUUUAAUUGUUGUAUGUCUAAAAAUAGCAUCCACUCGAUAGUAAGCCAAGUAAAUUGGAGUUAUCUACUCUUCAAUGGAGUAGGUGUGAGUUUAUCGUUCAAUAAUUCACAGUCUAUCCAUAGAUCAGGUUUUCUGAGUUCUGUGGAAGGGAUGAGAAUCGUGUUUCUAAAUCAGCAUUUUAUGAAUGAUAUAACAAAUAUUUAACAUAUUCAUUGUUGCGUUUUUGACCAACCAAUUGUAAAUGUAUUUCGACCACAUAUUUAUCUUCUAUGCCAUGACCGUCAAUCAAAAAAUUGUCAAAGACAGGUAUUUUAAAUAUCACAGAAAAAAACAUGAAUUAAAUGGCAAAAUAUGAACAGAAUUGUUAGAAUCUUCAGUAAGUGACGGCCAUAUAUAUAGGAACCAUUUAAACAACAAUGGUCCUUGUUCAUAGCGAAGCUAGUUUGAUAUUUCAAUUUCGGGAAAUAAUUCAUAAAGUAAUUAGGAAUUAAGAUUCUAACAGUAUUUUUUUGGCUGUUGUAUAUCAAUAUGUGUUUUCAUAUAAUGAAAUCAGCACACAUAUUUAUAUACGGUUUUGCACACAAGAAUAAUAUAUUUAUAUUACUUGAACUACAUGGGGUUGUUAUGGCAACCACACUUCUAUUUUGUAGAUGUCUUUUAACAGUUUUAUCAACAGUAUUUCCCUUACCGUAUAUGUCCUGUAAUAAGCCCAUGUCCUGUAAAAACGCCGUCCCUUCCUCCUUUCCAUCAAAAAGUUUUUAUAUUUCGGUGGUUUCUUUCUAUCAGUUCUGCCAUGAGAAUGGUGAGAUGAAAUGGAAGGAAACGGGUAGUACUAGAUUUACGUAACCUCGAGAACAAGAUACCUGGGUUUAUUACAGGUUAAUUAUGGUAUAUGUAUAAGGCUGAUGUUUGUGUGGGAUUAAUACCUAGCCUAACCAAAGAAGUUAUGAUAAAUACUCUCACAUAAACAUUGUGGUCAAUUCUGACUACAAAUGUUGAGUGUUUUUGAUUUUUUUUUUUUUUUUUUUCGUUUUCAACCGUGAUGUCAACUUUGUCUUUACACAUUGUCCAAUCAGAUUAGAGAUGUUUUUAAUCAUUAAUGAAAAAAAAUUAUGCUUUUAUUUCAUGAAUAAACAAUAUCAUUGUAAUACACUGUCUUUGAUUGGUUGGGUUUGUUUUCAUUGGUCCAAUGAAAUGCCCUGUUAUAUGGGGCUGGCCAUCCAUUGUUAUGUAUGGUGUAUGUAUUGUAAUGUAUGAAUGGUUUGUGUGUGUCUCCAGGAGACACGUCUGUACAACAGUUACGUCACCAAUAAAGACAGGUGUAUGGAUGUGA